UGAAGAUGAACAGUUCUUUUUGUUUUUCAUGGCGGUUGCAGCAUAUCUAAUUGAGGAUUUUCCAUCCUUUUGAUAAAAACUGAAGUCAUCUGAACCACCACCUGUGGCACGAAGUCAGGAACGGAGCUUUUAUCUGGCGAGAGACAGAUAAACAGGAGUUCAGCUGUCUGUGAUCUAAGAUACAGCUGCACAACCCUCUUUCAGACUUGUGAUUCUGAGAACUGUGAAAAAUUGAUAGAGUGGACUUUUGCAAGUUAGAAGAGGUAAAACUGCAGACAGAGGGAGCUAUCGUAAAUAAAUUUAAAAUGUAUUCUGAAGAUGAAUACAAGAAGAAGCGUACUAUACGUGGAAAUAGUUAUGAUGUCACUGUUUCUAGCCAGGGUCAUGAAUCUGAGGACAAACAAAAGAAGAAGAAAGCAGAAAAGGCUAAGGUGGUCAGCCCAUUUGCACUGUUUAGAUACUCCAGUUGGUCAGAUAAAUUACUAAUGAUACUAGGCACUCUCUUGGCAAUAGCCCAUGGAACCAGUCUCCCUGUUGCGAUGGUAAUUUUUGGUGAUAUGACUGAUAGCUUUGUUGCUUCUGGAGACUCAGAUUUUCCAGGAAACAACACCAUGAUGAAUUUCUCUUUAGAUGCUCUUAACAAGCUGGAAGAAGAUAUGACCAGAUAUGCAUAUUACUAUUCUGGAAUAGCAGCUGGUGUUCUUCUUGCUGCUUAUAUCCAAACUUCAUUUUGGACCUUAGCAGCAGGCCGGCAAAUAAAAAAAAUAAGACAAAAAUUUUUUCAUGCAAUUAUGAGACAGGAAAUUGGAUGGUUUGAUAUAAAUGAUGUGGGAGAACUUAACACUCGUCUUCUGGAUGAUGUCUCCAAGAUUAAUGACGGAAUAGGUGACAAAAUUGGAAUGCUUGUUCAAGCUCUAACAACAUUUAUAACAGGAUUUAUUGUUGGUCUCAUAAGAGGAUGGAAAUUAACCCUUGUAAUACUAGCAGUCAGUCCUGUCCUGGGACUCUCAGCAGCCCUCUGGGCAAAGGUUCUCUCUGCUUUCACUGACAAAGAACAAGCUGCAUAUGCAAAAGCAGGUGCUGUUGCAGAGGAAGUUCUGGCAGCAAUCCGUACUGUAAUAGCUUUUGGAGGACAGGAAAAAGAAAUUAAAAGAUACCAUAAAAAUUUAGAAGAUGCUAAACGGAUUGGAAUAAAAAAGGCUAUUACAGCUAAUAUUUCUAUGGGUGCUGCUUUCUUACUGAUAUAUGCAUCAUAUGCUCUGGCCUUCUGGUAUGGAACUACCUUGGUCUUAACUGAUGAUUACACUAUUGGCAAAGUUCUUACGGUCUUUUUCUCUGUAUUGAUCGGAGCUUUCAGCAUUGGACAGACUGCUCCAAGCAUAGAGGCAUUUGCUAGUGCAAGAGGAGCUGCUUAUGCAAUCUUUAAUAUCAUAGACAAUGAACCUCAAAUUGACAGCUAUUCAGAGGCAGGUCACAAACCAGACCAGAUUCAAGGGAACUUGGAAUUCCAAAAUGUUUACUUCAAUUAUCCAUCCAGGCCAGAUGUUGAGAUACUGAAGGGCUUGAAUCUCAAGAUUAGCUCUGGCCAGACAGUGGCCCUGGUUGGUGGCAGUGGCUGUGGGAAAAGUACAACUGUUCAGCUCAUCCAAAGAUUUUACGAUCCCAAGGAAGGCAGGGUUACCAUUGAUGGGCAGGAUAUUAGGUGCUUAAAUGUGAGAUACCUGCGGGAGAUUAUCGGUGUGGUGAAUCAGGAACCCGUGCUAUUUGCUACUACUAUUGCAGAAAAUAUUCGUUAUGGCCGUGAGGAUAUCACCAUGGAAGAGAUUGAAAAAGCUACCAAGGAAGCAAAUGCUUAUGACUUCAUCAUGAAGCUACCCAGUAAGUUUGAAACCCUCGUUGGAGAAAGAGGGGCACAGCUGAGCGGAGGCCAGAAGCAAAGAAUAGCAAUUGCCCGAGCUCUGGUUCGCAAUCCUAAAAUUCUUCUGCUUGAUGAGGCAACAUCAGCUUUGGAUACUGAGAGUGAAGCAGUUGUGCAGGCAGCACUGGACAAGGCAAGGGAAGGGCGCACCACGGUUGUAGUAGCUCAUCGACUGUCAACAGUCCGAAAUGCAGAUCUUAUAGCUGUCUUUGAAGGUGGAGUUAUCACAGAGCAAGGGAAUCAUUUUAAAUUGCUUGAGAGAAAAGGAAUCUACUACAAACUCGUUAACAUGCAGUCAAUAGAAGCUGAAGUUCCAUCAUCAGAAAAAUAUGAGAAUGCACUUAGUGUCAAAAAAAGUGAAUCUGAACCAGAAUUUGAAGAAUCCUUAACAAGAGGAUUGAGAAGACAUUCUACUCGGAGAAAUACAAAAAAGCCCGGAGCAGAAAAUGAGGAUACCGAUGAGAAAAAGAGUUCACCUGAUGAAGAAUUAGUUCCAGCUCCAUUUCUGAAAAUUAUGAAGUUGAACAAAACUGAAUGGCCAUACUUUGUAGCUGGAACUUUAUGUGCAAUUAUCAAUGGAGUUUUACAACCUGCAUUUUCAAUCAUAUUUUCAGAAAUUAUAGGGAUCUUUUCAGAAACUGACAAGAACAUUUUAAGAGAAAAGAGCAACUUGUAUUCAGUGCUAUUUUUAGUACUUGGGAUCGUUUCCUUUUUUACUUUCUUUUUCCAGGGUUUCACAUUCGGCAAAGCUGGAGAAAUUCUUACAAUGAGGCUUCGAUUCAUGGCAUUUAAAGCAAUGCUUAGGCAGGACAUGAGCUGGUUUGAUAAUACUAAAAAUAAUACUGGAGCAUUAACUACAAGACUUGCUAAUGAUGCCUCACAAGUGAAAGGAGCAACUGGUGCCAGAUUGGCAUUAAUUACACAAAAUGUAGCUAACCUGGGGACUGGAAUUAUUAUAUCACUAGUUUAUGGCUGGCAGCUGACCCUACUACUUUUAGCUGUUGUGCCAAUCAUUGCAUUGGCAGGAAUGAUUGAAAUAAAGAUGUUGGCUGGGCAUACUAAAAAAGAUAAAGAAGAGCUGGAAGCUGCAGGAAAGAUUGCUACAGAAGCCAUAGAAAAUAUUAGAACUGUUGUUAGUUUGACCCGAGAAAGAAAAUUUGAGUUGAUGUACGGAGAACAUUUGCGUGUACCAUACAGAAAUUCUGUGAAGAAGGCACAUAUAUUUGGAUUUUGUUUUGCCCUUUCACAAGCGAUGAUGUUCUUUACCUAUGCUGGCUGUUUCCGUUUUGGUGCCUAUCUAGUGGUAAAUGGACACAUGGAGUUUAAAAGUGUGUUUUUAGUGUUUUCAGCUGUUGUAUUUGGUGCAAUGGCACUAGGACAGACCAGCUCUUUUGCUCCAGACUAUGCCAAAGCAAAGAUAUCAGCAACCCACUUGUUUCUGCUGUUUGAACGAGUACCCUUAAUAGAUAGUUACAGCGAAGAAGGAGAGAAGCCUGAAACAUUUGGAGGAAGCAUAACGAUCAAAGAUUUGGCAUUUAACUACCCAAACCGACCAGGAGUCAAAAUCCUUCAAGGUUUAAAUCUAAAAGUAGAAAAGGGACAAACUCUGGCUCUUGUUGGUAGCAGUGGGUGUGGAAAGAGCACUGUUAUUCAGCUGCUCGAGAGAUUUUAUGAUCCACUUGGUGGAGAAAUGCUUUUUGAUGGCAAAAAUACAAAGACACUAAAUAUCAAGUGGCUGAGAGCUCAGAUUGGUAUCGUCUCACAAGAACCGAUCCUUUUUGACUGCACUAUUGGUGAAAACAUUGCAUAUGGAGACAACAGUCGGCAAGUGUCACAUGAAGAAAUUGUUAAUGCAGCAAAAGAAGCCAAUAUUCAUUCCUUCAUUGACUCUCUGCCAUAUAAAUACAAUACCCGUGUAGGAGACAAAGGAACCCAACUUUCUGGUGGCCAGAAACAACGUAUUGCUAUAGCCCGAGCUCUUGUACGUAAGCCCCAAAUUCUGCUACUGGAUGAAGCUACAUCUGCCUUAGAUACAGAAAGUGAAAAGAUUGUCCAGGAAGCGCUGGAUAAAGCCAGAGAAGGUCGCACCUGCAUUGUGAUAGCUCACCGCCUCUCCACCAUCCAAAACGCUGACAAGAUUGCUGUAGUCCAGAAUGGCAGGGUUGUAGAGCAAGGGACCCAUCAGCAACUCCUGGCUUUAAAAGGCAUCUACUAUUCUCUGGUCAAUGCUCAAAGUGGGUCAUGCAACAUGUAAAUUAAAAGCAGUAGUUAUCUCUGAA